AUGUCCUUGGUUCAGGAUCCCCCAAUCAAGCAACUAUGCACAAAGUGUCAUUCCUUCCAACCUCUUGACAACUUCAAGAAGUCUCGGGAUGGAUUCAAUAAAACGUGUAUCACAUGUGGGGCAAAGCAUUCGGAGAGAUAUAGGAAGCAGAAAAAGCGCAUUGCAGAUGAGGACAAGGAGAAUGAAGGGGGUGGAAACUCGGAAGGGGGAGAUCUUGAGCAAGGUGAGGAAGAAAGCGACGAGGUGUUGUGUCGAGAGCUAGGACAUGUCAGCCUCGAAGAGUUUCUUGACCAGAUUCUAGAGGCGUUGUCCUUGCACUCCUUUGCCGCUGUCAUCAACAUCGAUGAAGGGAUCUCUGGGACACAUAGGGAGAAAGCAGACAAGAUUUUGGAGAAAAUAUGGGAUGCUAUGGACUACCGUUUUGUCUAUAAUCAUCAAUAUGUUCAUAAGCAAACACCAUCUAGUCGUAUCAGCUACCACUACGCACAGAACUCAUGCUGUCAGAACGAUCCAAAGAAGGAAAGAGGGGAGAAUGUCAAAGAAAGAGACAAGGGGAGCAUGCCCACCUUUGCCUGUGAUGGCUGGUUCCAUGUCACGAUCUACGAUGACAAAGACAUCGCUUUAAUUAAGUAUAAACAUAUGGGCGAUCACAUACCUUAUUGCAACAUCGACCUACCGGCUUCAGUUCUCAAGCUUAUCAACAAAAAUCCGGAGCUGAAUGCGACCCAACUCUGGAAUAUUAUUCUUAAGGAUUUUCCUCGCCCAAACUUCACGCAAAAGCAAGUAUAUCAUGCCUGGCGCAAAGGCGAUAAUGCAAAGUACAGAUUCAACAACAAUCAUCUCAAGUCUGCGGAACUCCUGCUUGAAGACGCAAAGAAAAUGAAGGGACUCUAUCGAAUCGAACCAAUUUCUCUGCCUAAAUGCGACAGUUUUCAGGUUAUUGCUUUCUCUUUACCGGAGCUUCUCACUCAAUGGGGAGGGAAGAUCAAAGAGACCGUGCUGGAUUCUGCAUUUGGAUAUCUUCUCAUUCAACGCGAUAAGGAUGUUGAGGAAGGGGUACAGCAAGAAUAUAUUGAAGAACUACUCAAUCACUUCAAGAAGAAAUGGAAAAUUAGGCCCCUCUUUACGAUCACAGACAAGAAUAUUGCAGAGAUUAAGGCAUUCCUGCGCAAGUUCCCCGAUGCCAAACACCAGCUAUGCUUCUGGCAUUGUCUUCGAGCCAUCAAAACUCGACUCUUGACCCUCCACCACUGCCCGAAAUUCUAUGAUGUCAAAGAAGCGAGAAAGGAGUUCCUGUUCAUUGAUAAGUCGUUUGUACCCCUUGCACAGGCUGAGAAGAUCCUGCCAAAUCCAGCUCAGCAGAUAGCCUCAAAGCAGAUCCCUCGAGUGUCCAUUCGCAUGGGCAGCGUCCUCAUGAACACAGCACCUAUUCCGGCUCCCCCUGCUACCGCUCCUUCUGCUCCUGUACCUGAGGCAUCUUCAGGCACUCGUCAAGUUCUCUUUCGCUUUGAUGGAGCUGACAUCCAAAGUGUUGACAUUCCAAGUAACAUAUUCGAUCAAGUUGACGCAAUUAACGACUGCAGCAGGAUCGUGAAGAUGCUUAUGAUUACGAAUUCGAGGAAGGAGAGACAACGUCUCCUGACCGAGCUUAUGUGUUCUGCCCGGCCGAGCAUCGCAAGCAGCUCCUACACCUGUUUACCCAACACUUCUGUCAACAUCCUGCAUUUCUUGAGCGUACUGAAGGGACAUGGGACGCCUCUACGAUCUGAAAUAAUGCCGUCUUUGCUAUGUACACCUUCUGCUAUCAGCAUGGUCUCACCGAGGUUUGGGGAUAUUUCUGGGCAUUAUAUCUUGCGACUUCGAACAACAAUGUCUGUUGAGAAUUUCUGGAAGCAGCUCAAGCACAACUUUAUUCCAACCACGACUCAUCCUCGCCUUGACCACCUUGUCUGGAUUUUGAUCUAUCGAGUUACCCCAGCAUACAUCGCCCGAAUGGACACUCUUAACGACAACUACUGA